CAAGUAAUAUUAGGAUUAGCAAACAUUUAGCACCAUUUAAUCAUCUCUCCUCUUCAUAAAUUAAUCAAACAUUUUUUUUCUUCGCUCAUAAAAUUUCGUUGUACGUCGUAGUAAGAGAAAAACCGCAUUUUCUCUCAACUAGAGCAAUAAUUUUUUCACUUUCAAUCCAAUCUAGGGUUUCUUCCUUUCAGUUGGAAUUUGGUUGUUAUUACAUUUGGGGAGUAUUGUGUUGUUUGUAGGGUGAGUGAAGGGGGAUAAUUGGAGGGGGUUAAAUUAGCAAAAGCAGAAGUAAAUGAGUGGUGCUCCGAAAAGAGGGGCGCAUGAGGAAGGCGUUCAUUCGUCGUCUUCCUCGAUGCGGCCAGGUUUUGCUGGUGAGGAGGAGGAGAAUUCUGGUUUUCCAAGGGUUAAUUAUGGGGCAGUUCAAGAGUCUACUAGACCAGGAUUGUUACCUCGUCCAGAAUUUCGUGAUGGGGAAAGACGAUCCCCUUUGCAUUCGGUGUAUAAAAUGCCCUUGUCGUCUAUAAAUGCUGAUUCUGCACAUGCUACUCAUCCUAUUGCUGGUCCUGAGAUUAGGACAGAAGUAAGGGAUUCAAAGGAGAUUAGAGAAAGCAAGGGCGGGGAGGGUAAUAGAGAUGUGAAAGUUGAAUCUAGAGAGGUGCAUCAUCAGGCUGUCAAAGCUGAGAAGGAGAGUAGGGUGGAUGAGAGUAAAGAAGGGAAACAUGAGAGGGACAUUCGUAAUGAUUUGAAGAGUGAGGUGAAAGUGGAUAAGGAUGUUUAUGGAGGGUCCGGGAGUCAUACUAAUUGGAAAGAGCAAUACAGAGGGAAAAAACAUUCUGAUGUUCCAGGCGGUGGUGGAAUGCCAAACUUUUGGAUGAAUGCUACUCAAAUGCGCCCCAAAUUUGACCCUGCCAGGGAUGCUGCUGUGGCAUUUCGUGAAAUAAGUGAAGCCGUGGGAGAGAAUAGAGUUGACCUUAAAAGCGACGAUAAAUUCAAGGAAAAGGAGAGAAAGCGUAAGGAAGGGAAGCACCAUGAUUGGCCUGAAAGUGACAAAGAUAAGAGUGAUCACAAGAGUAAUGUGCAAGCAGCUGGUACUACUAGUAAUAAUGUUUUCAAGGAAGUAAUUAGAGAAGAAAGGGAAUCUGAGCAGUGGGGGAGGGAGAGAAAAGAAGGUUUAAAAGAGAAGGAAAGACCAAAGGAAAAAGAAAAGGAACAUGUUGACAGAGAAGGUCGGAUUGGCGGGGAGAAAGAAAAUCAUCAGAAUGAGAAAGAGAUCGCAGAGAAAACAUCUGUUCAGGAGAACUUUCCUGUGGAACAGAAGAAACCAACUGAAUCUUGGAGAAAUAUGGAAAGAGAAGCUAAAGAGAGGAGGAAAGAGAGAGAUGCUGAUUUAGAGGCAGAAAGGCCCGAGAAGCGCACUAGGGUCUAUGACAAAGAGUCUGAAGAAGGGGGUGCUGAUGUUGAUGGAGCUGCAGACAGAGAAAAAGACACCUUUAGUUACGGGGUGCAGCAGCGGAAGAGGAUGCUUCGUCCAAGAGGUAGUCCCCAAGUUGCUAAUCGUGAUGGACGUUUCAAGUCUCGCGGUCAAGAUGGAGAGGGGUCUCAAGGUAAAACUGAGGUAUCUACUGUUUAUAAAGUUGGUGAAUGCAUGCAAGAAUUGACAAAAUUAUGGAGGGAAUACGAAUCAUCCCAGGCUGAUAAAAGCAGCGAUAAUUUAUCUAAUGGUCCUACUUUAGAAAUCAGGAUACCGGCUGAGCAUGUAACUGCUACAAACCGUCAAGUUAGAGGUGGACAGCUUUGGGGAACAGAUAUAUACACUGAUGAUUCAGAUCUUGUUGCUGUUCUCAUGCAUACAGGCUAUUGCCGGCCAACAGCAUCUCCUCCUCCAGCAGCUAUUCAAGAGUUACGUGCAACAAUACGUAUUCUACCUCCGCAAGAUAGUUAUGUUUCUACUCUGAGAAACAACGUCCGAUCUCGUGCAUGGGGAGCAGCAAUCGGCUGUAGUUUUCGUGUUGAACGUUGCUGCAUUAUGAAGAAAGGAGGUGGAUCCAUUGAUCUUGAACCUUGCCUCACGCAUACAUCUACAAUUGAGCCUACCUUGGCUCCAGUUGCUGUGGAGCGCUCAAUGACAACUAGAGCUGCAGCCUCGAAUGCAUUACGACAGCAAAGAUUUGUACGAGAAGUCACAAUACAGUAUAAUCUCUGCAAUGAACCUUGGAUAAAAUAUAGUAUUAGUAUUGUAGCUGAUAAGGGAUUGAAGAAGCCCUUGUACACAUCAGCUCGUCUGAAGAAGGGAGAAGUUCUCUAUUUAGAAACUCAUUUUUGCAGGUAUGAGCUGUGCUUCACCGGCGAGAAGAUUGUUAAAGUCCCAUCUGUCUCACAAGCACAUGAGGCGGAGUCAGAUAAGUCCCAGAACCAUGUUCAUACUGCAAAUGGCGAAAGAAGUAGUGCAGAAGGUGAUAACAUGGUAGUAGACAUGUUCCGGUGGUCUAAGUGUAAGAAGCCUCUUCCGCAGAAGUUUAUGCGAUCAAUUGGGAUCCCUCUGCCUCUUGAACAUGUGGAGGUUUUGGAGGAGAAUCUCGAUUGGGAAGAUGUGCAGUGGUCUCAAACCGGUGUUUGGGUCUCCGGAAAAGAAUACCCGCUUGCAAGGGUGCAUUUUUUAUCUCCAAAUUAAGCCUAAGCCUUUGUCUAUGUUAAUCAUAUUACCUGUUGUAAGUCGAUCUUGAAUUGAUAUAGCCAACAUGGAUAGGAUAGGCGAUAGGGGUUGUAACUUGUAAUAUAGGUUAAAGUUUAUGUAAUGGGGAACUCUGAAUUUCGAGUUUCUUGUUAAUUAUUAAGGCAUCAUUUGGUGUAUUUUCAGACCUUGGCACCUUACCAUUAUAUUAAUAAAUUGCAUUGGAAAACA